ACUAAAAGUUUAUUAAAAAAGUCAACAGACAUGCAUUGUCAUGUACUGCGUUUGAGUCGCAAAAGUCAACGUACCAGUUCUAAGGACGGGGUACAAUCUAUCUUCUACCAAUGAAAAACUAUUCACACGAUUUCCGGUCAGGUGAUGAGAAGGACUUUGUGGACGGUGGGCGGGGCCAGGGAAAUAUAAUCGUGGAAAUGGCACCAGAGCAGUAAUGCGACGAUUUACGCUACGCUGGACGAUCGAAGACGAGGAGCCAGGAGUUGAUUGUCCUGCUUGCUGAGGCGCCGUAGCGGAAAACAAGGCCGGAAAAUGUGGCGCUCGUUUUUGUUCCCUCCCCUGAGUUUGAUGACUUUAACUCUCAUUGCCUUGAUUGACUCUACGUCACCGGAAGUUGACCCGCAGCGCCACCCAGACGUCGUUUCUUUCCAUGUCAUCGCUCACGUCAAAUUCCAGCGAGACUACUCCAAUGUCAUGGACGGGGUCGUGAGAAAGGCCAGACGCUCCCUGUCUUAUCUCCCCUUGUUCCAAACCUACGACCCGCAAGGCAACGUCAUCAAACUCGCCGACGACAACCCAGAGAACAUCCUGAAGGCCUUCUGCGAUGUCAUGUUCAACCAAACAACCACGGCUGUUCUGCACAUCAUCAACCCCUUCAGACACCUUCGCAGCUGGAACUCCAUGCAGUUCACUUCCAACUUGAUCCACCACGUGGGGCUGCCCGUGAUCACGUGGGGUCCAGAAUACGUCACAGCUUCCGGAAAGGCUUCAUCGGAGCUGAGGCAGAUUCAGAUCUCACCAACGCUUUACGACCAGGCAGCCGCCAUGAUGUCGCUACUGGAGCUGUACAACUGGCCACAGUUCUCCGUGGUGUACACCACAUACUCCGGACACCAGGAGUUUCUCAACGCCCUCCAUGUCCUGUACUGGAGCGAGAGAAGCUUACUGCAAGAAGACAGAUUUAAACGAAAAUCGAAAGUCAGAUUCCAACAGCUCCUUGAAGUAGAAAUUCAAGACCCGGAUGUGAUGGAGGCCGUCAGCCGGGAUCUGUUGUCCAUCGCUUCUUCCGACACAAGAGUUAUUCUUCUCUUUGCCCACGAACAGGACACGCGAUCCAUUUUAGAAGCAGCAGAAAGCCUGGGCAUCGCGGGACGGGAGUACGUGUGGAUAACUGCUUUCGAAGCCAUUCCCAAGGGCCAGGAGGACAUAGCAGCUGACCUCCCUGUUGGACUUCUGGGUUGGGAUGUGGACGCACAAAGGACUGACAAUGAAGAGGAUUCACUGGCUAGGGGGCGCCACAGGUCCACCGUCAGGGAAGCCGGAGCGCCAUUACCUCCGCGUGGUCACGAGACCGGAAGAGCCUUACGUCAUGUACCGGAACUUGACGGACAACAGCACCUGCGACAACACUCCAAGAUAUGUAGAGUAUACGUGCGAGAUGAAGACGGAAACAAGCUGUCCAACAUGACUGUCAUGAAGUGCUGCACGGGUCUGAGCAUUGAACUUUUGCUCCGCAUCAGCCAGGCCUUGAACUUUGAAGCUGAACUUUAUGAAGUGGAGGACUUUCAGUGGGGAGCUCAGGACAGAAGAGGCAACUGGGAUGGUCUGAUCAGAGACCUGCAGCAGGGACAGGCUGACCUGGCCGUGACAUCCUUGCACAUCAGCGAGGAAAGAAGCAGAGCCGUUAAUUUCUCGGUUCCUUACUUGGAGACUGGAAUAACAAUCAUUGUUGCCAUAAGGGACGGCGCCAUCUCUGCCACAGCUUUUCUGGAGCCCUACGACUAUCCCUCCUGGUGCCUCAUCUUGGUGUUCAGCGUACACACCGUCGGCGCCUCCAUCUUCAUUUUCGAGUGGUUUAGUCCCUACGGUUUGGACAAGGGGCGCACUCGCCCAUCAGAGCACAAGUUCUCGCUGUUCCGGACCUUCUGGCUGAUGUGGGCCAUGCUGUUCGGGGCGGCCGUGGCCACCAACACACCGCGAGGUGUGUCCGGCAAGUUCCUGGCCAACAUCUGGGCGCUCUUCGCCCUCGUCUUCCUCGCCAGCUACACCGCCAACCUCGCCGCCUUCAUGAUCACCAAGGAGGAGUACUACGACCUGUCUGGCAUUCAAGACUGGCGGCUCAGAACCCUCAGUGGAUGAAGCCGCCCAUUUAAAUACGGAACGAUUCCAAACACAACCACGGAGAGCAACAUCAGGAAAAACAACCGCGACAUGUUUCUCUACAUGCAAAAAUACAGACAGAACUCGGUCCACGACGCCAUCUAUGCUCUCAAAACCCACAGGAUCCAUGCGUUCAUCUACGAUGCCACUGUGCUGGAGUACCAGGCGGGCAGGGACGUGAUGUGCCGGCUCAUCACCGUGGGUAAAUGGUAUGCCAUGUCCGGGUAUGGCAUCGCCUUUCCAACUGGGUCAAAGUGGAUACAAAAAGUCAACUCCGUCAUCCUCGACCUCCAGAAGAAAGGCGAAAUGGAGCGACUGAAGGACUUUUGGCUAUCAGGCGCCUGUCACACAAAGAGAAAGAAAAGCGAAAACAGCAAAGGAAUCACCAGUGGGGUGUCUAGCUCCACCCUGGGUAUUCUCAACUUCACCAGCGCCUUCAUCCUGCUGGGCACUGGAACUGGACUAGCGGCGUUGACCUUUGUCCUCGAGCACUGCAUCUUCUGGUUUGGGCGGCGGCGGCUGAGCAACUGGGACAAGAAGGGAUGCUGCACCCUCAUCAGCUUGAGCAUGGGCAUGACGGUGUCCUUCCAGCAGUCCGUGCACGACGCGCUGCAGCUGCACAGAAGCCACCGGUGCCGCAACGCCGUCUGCAGGCGACAACUGUGGAGGGCCCAUCAGUCCCUGGACCUGGCGCACCUGCACAUUGACCGCCUCCAGCGCCGCAUUGCACUGCUGUCGAGUAAACAAGAAGGGCAAAGCGGAAGACAGGAAUUGAGACAAGACUUCGGACAGGACGUCUGGACGUACGACCCGGAGAGAGUGCGGCAGUCCAACGGCCCACGUGUGACGUCUUCGGGAACAGAGCUUCAUCAAGGAGACAUGCCUCUUGAACUGGCCAACCCUAGAGUUACACUGCUGUAACAAUAACCCACUGAUGUCCACGUCUUCCUGCAGCAGCCAACGACUCCUGGUGGUUGGUCAUGCCACCGUCAGCAGAAUCAACAUCUCAGUGUGACCACAGUUCAAACUGUUCAUGCCUUCCAUGACAAAAAAACAACAGUACAGACUGUCAGACGUUUGUACACCUACUAAAAACUAACAAAAUAAAACUGCAAAGUUCUCGCAUGUAAUCAUCUUCAAGGUGUGGCAAAAUUUGUAAGGUGUUUCCGUGGCAGCUCAAGAACAUCUUGUUGAUGGUUCUGUGAGUUGUACUCAACUUUCUUGUCCUAAACAGUGAAGGCUUGUCACAUUUCUAGUGCAAGGACAACAUAGACACACUUUCUGUAACAACAGUUUAUCCUGGCAAUAGAAACUGUGUAUUUAACCAAUCUUAUGUGAUCAUUUGGUUUGAAAUUCGAUUUUGAAUUUGAAAGCAAAGAUAAAACUAAAGGUCAACCCUAUUCUUUUGUAGAACCAUUGCUUUCUUUGGAAGCUCCAGUGUUUGUACUCCGUGGUUUAGAAGUUUUGAGUUGCUUAGUAUUGGCAGCGAGGCCGUCCACUUGAUGAGAGCAAUGGCACCACAAUCAGGUUUAUGUUUGGAACAUGUCAAACAGGAAAAACAAAUCUGAUAAAUAUUGCGUGUUUGCGAUCAUCAUUAGAAGAUAUGGAUCAGCUUUAGUGUCUUAUACAGUCACUGUGACACAUGUCAGUAAAAUUUGAAUGUUUGGUUAGAUGUAAAAGUCAAUGAAGGUUUCUGACUCAAUGUUUCAUGGACGUCUAUUGUGAAUGAAUUGUAUUAAUUAGAUUUCUAACUUUUUGUCCGUAGAAAAUUCCUUAUAUAAGACACCGUAAAAAGAUUAUAAAAAAGCGGAAUAAUUGAAAUAAAGAUCAGUAUUGAUUUUAUGUAAAAAGGACCCAAAACUUGUCAA